AGCACGAUUGCUGGAUUAUAUGGAAAUUCGAAAUGAGUCCCAUGACUAUCCUCAUAGAGUGGCCAAGUUUCCAGAAAACAGAAAUCGAAACAGAUACAGAGAUGUAAGCCCAUAUGAUCACAGUCGUGUUAAACUGCAAAAUGCUGAAAAUGAUUAUAUUAAUGCCAGCUUAGUGGACAUAGAAGAGGCACAAAGGAGUUACAUCUUAACACAGGGUCCACUUCCUAAUACAGGUUGUCAUUUCUGGCUCAUGGUUUGGGAGCAAAAGACGAAAGCAGUUGUGAUGCUAAACCGAGUUGUAGAGAAAGAAUCGGUUAAAUGUGCACAGUACUGGCCAACAAAAGACGACCGGGAGAUGCUGUUUAAAGAAACAGGAUUCAGUGUGAAGUUCUUGUCAGAAGAUGUGAAGUCAUAUUAUACAGUACAUCUACUGCAGUUAGAAAAUAUCAAUAGUGGUGAAACCAGAACAAUAUCUCACUUUCAUUAUACUACCUGGCCAGAUUUUGGAGUCCCUGAAUCACCAGCUUCAUUUCUCAAUUUCUUAUGUAAAGUGAGAGAAUCAGGUUCCUUGAGUCCUGAACAUGGGCCUGCAGUGAUCCACUGCAGUGCAGGCAUUGGGCGGUCAGGCACCUUUUCUCUAGUAGAUACGUGUCUUGUUCUGAUGGAGAAAGGAGAUGAUAUUAACAUUAAACAACUGUUACUAAAUAUGAGAAAAUAUCGAAUGGGACUUAUUCAGACGCCAGAUCAACUCAGAUUUUCAUAUAUGACUAUAAUAGAAGGAGCAAAAUUUAUAAAGGGAGAUUCAAAUAUACAGAAACGGUGGAAAGAACUUUCUAAAGAAGAUUUAUGUCCUGUUUUUGAUCAUUCACCAACCAAACUAAUGAAUGAAAAAUACAAUGGGAACAGGAUAGGACUAGAAGAAGAAAAACUGACAGGUGACAGAUAUACAGGCCUGUCCUCUAAAAUGCAAGAUACUGUGGAGGAGAACAGUGAGAGUGUUCUACGGAAACGAAUUCGAGAAGACAGAAAAGCUAACACGGCUCAGAAGGUGCAGCAGAUGAAACAGAGGCUAAAUGAGACUGAACGAAAAAGAAAAAGGUGGUUAUAUUGGCAACCUAUUUUCACUAAGAUGGGGUUUGUGUCAGUCAUUUUGGUUGGCGCUUUUGUUGGCUGGACACUGUUUUUUCAGCAGAGUGUCCUAUAAAUAAUACAGUUGUGCCCAGCAAGCUUCUGCACUAAUAGCUGACAGUGUUGCAUUAAUCACAAGGAUUUUUCUGUUAGCAAACUUCUCAUAUCCCCAAAAAUGGAGCAGUAGAAUAGACACCAACCAGAUAAAUAAUAUAUUCAGUCCUCAGCCCAACAUCUCAGGGCACUAUCCCCAAAUUGUAAACGGUGAUCUAAAAUAAAGACUCUAAUGCCUGUUAAAAACUGGUACAUUUUGCAACUGUAUUCAUACAUGUUAAACGUAAUAUUUCACCUGACCAAAUUGAGGAAUAUCCUUUACCACAAGGAUUUGUUUUUGAUGCUACCUGGAUUUUAACCUGCACUUGAUACAAGCAAUAAAUAUCGUGGUUUUAUCUACAUUAUAUUACUGAAAAGAAAAUGACCUUUAAAUAAUGUGUGUAAUGUAUAAUGUACUAUUGACAUGAGCAUCAAUAAUUUAUAUUCUUAACCAUUUCAAGGUAAAUAUAUUUUAUAAGUAUUUAAUCUUACUUUUGUAGUUAAAUGUACUUUUUUAGAAAGCUAAAUUUGAAAAAUUUGUUAUAAUAAGAAAUUGUAUGUUGGUUCAGUUGUACUGGAUAUUUUCAUAAGGAGAAAUUUGAGCAGUUAGAACUCUUAGUAAGCAUUUUUUUUUUUUUUACCAUAUCUCUGCAUUUCUUUUAUGUUUUAUGGUUUUUCCAAUUUUAAAAAGAAAAUCAAAGAAACAAAAUUUUUCCCUAAAAAUAUCUUUGAAAGGAAAUUCUCCUUACUGAAGUCAGGUAAUACAGUUGAUCAAGACUUUGUAAAGAAAUUGGUUUCUGUAAAGCCCAUUACUUAUACUUUUUAUUUUUUAUGAAGAUUUCAAUGUAACUACCCUAAUUUAUAAUUGGGGUAAAUCAUGAUUUAGAAAAUAAAAAUAAGGAGCAGCAUUUUACUGCCAUGAUUUCAGUAUACUAGACUGAAUUUUGGAAUAAAUAUUUUUAAGUUCUUUCUACUUAAAUAAAUAGUAUGAUGAUUUACAAACUUUUCAUUGUCCCUUUAACUUCUUAAUGGGUAUUUUUAAAGUAUAUUGUUUAAUGAAUUUAACUGCUGCUGGAAUGGCAGUUUUCUUCAGACCCUACAUUCCAUUAAGUGUUCAACUUAUUUAACUUAAACUUUAAAUAGUUGUUACACAUUUAAUUGCUGAAAUAAUGAAAUACCAUUAUUUUACUGGUUUUCAAACUGUGCUCAUUAGAUUUCUAAGGGGUCAACAAGAAGUGGUAGGAAAGACUCCAAGGUAUCAACCUUUACUUUCAACCGGACCAUCUCUCUCCUUUGUCUCUUCUAUAAACUACGUAAGAUUUUUGCAUGAAGUUUAAUUAUUUUAAGGGAUUAGUUAUAAUUUAAAAAAACAGUUUGAAAACCAUUGGUUUAGACAGAUGUUUUGAGUUGAUUUGGUAGCCUUCUUGAAUGUGUUAAUUGUGCUGCAAGUAUGAAAGAGGAUGUAGGUGGUACUACAUAUUAAAUAAACUUCUGCCUGUGUCCUAAUUCAGUAUUACUGUGUCCUGUAACCUUUAAAUGGAAAGGAGGUAAGAGGGACAAUUUCUUAUGUCUGUCUGCAUUAAAUCUGUGUUCAAGCACCAAGA